AUGUUCAAGCGGCGGGACUGGCUGCACCUGCACGGCCCUGACGGGGGCGGCUCGAGCUCCGAAGACGACGAGAGCUCGGACGACGCUGCCGAGGAGUCCUCAUCAGACGAGGGCGACAGCAGUGAGCAGGACAGCGGCAGCAGCGGCGACGACAGCGACGGCGACAGCGAGGAUGUCGCAGUUCCAGACGGACCCGUGUCGAAGUUCCGCAGCCUGGACGACAUAUCGGAGGACGAAUUCGAGGCGGGGGCCUCGAGCGAAGACGAAGACGCCGAUGACAGCCCGGCAGCGAGCGACCACGACGUGCCACACACCGACCUGGCCUCCCUCCUGCGUCAGUGCGACAAGCUGAAGCAGCAGUGGAUGAAGGAGAACAGCAAGGAGCCGUCGAGCAAGGGCACGCGGCUCGUGUGCCGCAUCUGCAACGGCGCGGUGAUCCUGAACGCGACGUCCAUGCAGCAACACAUCGGGAGCAAGAAACACAAGCGGCGCCUCCCGCUGUUCCCGUACUACACUGACACGCUGGAGCCCAUCGUCUUUGCGCACAUGGUGCGCGGCGACCGCGACCUGGACCACCUGCCGCAGGACGCGCAGGCGCCUGCGGAGCGGGGGCAGCGGCGCGAGCUGCGGGCGGAAGCUGACGAGGGCGGCGGGGAGGGGGCGAAGGGCGCGAAGGCGAGCGCGGCGGCGGCGGAGAAGAAGAGGAAGAUGAAGCCGGAGGAGAAGGCGGCGGCGGCGGCGCGGAAGGCGGAGAAGAAGGCUGCAAAGAAGCGACAGUUUCAGGAGCGGUCCAAGGCGAAGGAGGAGGCGGCGAGGGUGCGGGCGGCGGUCGAGGUCGGGGACAGCGACGAGGAGGCGUGGCCGACGUCGCGGACGGACCGCAAGCGGGCGGCGGCGAAGCGCGCAGGGGCGGAGAAGGCACCGGGGGGGAGUGGGAAGAAAAAGAGGGCGGAGCGAGGGGCGGGCGACGGGGGCGCGCGGGAGGCGAAGGCGGCGAAGAAGAAGAAGGUCGGGCGCAGCUGA